AUGCUUGUCAUGCUGCUGUCCUGCUGCAUUCUCCUUUUGUUUGUGACUGAUCCAGGUUUCACAGCACCUACAUUUAUCCCAGAGGAAGAGAGCACUCCUUUACCUGAACCACAGUUUGAUUUGAAGCUGGCCACAGACUACCUUCAUAAGUACUACAGCCUGCAAAAUUAUCAUUUGGUGCGCAUGAAGAGAAGCGAGCCUUCAUUUAUCUCCAAAGUGAAAGAAAUGCAGAUGUUUUUUGGGCUCAAUUCAACUGGAGUAUUAGACACUGAGACCCUGGAUGUGAUGCAGAGCCCCCGGUGUGGUGUUCCAGAUGUGGAGGAGUACAGUCAUAUCCAGGGCACUAGCUGGAAUAAGAAUGUCAUCACAUACAGCUGCAUUUCAGGAAGGCCCACGAUGCCACUGUCUCGUUCACAUUUUUGCCAUAACAAAGAAUCAGCUGAUCAUCUGAGAAUGAAAUUACAAUGCUCCAUGAGGACCCCAAGAGGUCAGAUAAAUAUUAACUCGGCUAUUCAGACGGCGAGUGAGGCCAUGAGUUUCACUUUCAGUUACAAGCAUCCAGCAUACAAAGAAUCACUGAUGUAUCCAACCUACAAAACCUUCUGUCUUACAAACCUGCUGUCCAGAGAAGAUGUAGCCAAUAUCAAAGCACUUUAUAGUCCUCUCAUGGGUCAUAGAAGCUGGCUGCUCAGACCACUGUUACCCAGACUCAUGCAGGACAAAUGUGCACCAGACCUGACCUUUGAUGCUGUGGUAACUCUUCGGGAUGCUACCUUCUUUUUUAAAGACAGAUACCUUUGGAUUAAGCAUAAUGAGCAGUCUGACAUAAAGGAAGGUCCCAUCGUCAACCUUAUGCCCACGAUUAAAACCAGUAUCGAUGCUGCCUUCUGGAUACCUCGUAGAUCAACUGCUUACCUUAUUCAUGAAUCAACUUUCUGGACAGUAAAAGGCUCUGUUGUGCGAGGAAAGCCAAGGUCACUUUCCUUCUUUGGAUUUCCAGCUUGGGUUCAAGAUGUUGAUGCAGCUGUGCACAUUGUUAAAACUGGACGUACUCUCUUCUUUAUGCAUGAUGUUUACUGGAGUUACAAUGAAAACCGAAAAGUGAUGGAUUUUGGUUACCCAAGGUCUAUCAGUGAGGAUUUCCCUGGAGUCAACACCACAAUAGAUGCAGCUUUCUAUGAAGGUGAUUACAUCUACUUCUUUGUGGGACCACAAGUCUACAAAUUCGACCACAGCCACCGAGCUGUUGUCGGGGUUGAAACAGCUAAUUCUUGGCUCGGCUGUUGAAAGAAAACCUGUUGAAAUGCAUGCAGCUGGGAAAUGACCUGGAAACACUGGUUAUAUUUUAGGGUGGAAUGUCAUUUUGUGUCUUUUUUGUUUUUUUAA